AUGAAAUGCAGAUUGUUAUCUCAACUUUUGCUGAUAUUGGAGCUUUCUGUUUGCUGUUACACCUAUGACCAAACUUCAUUGCCUGAUAUAGAAGAUCAGCAGUUUAUUCAGGAGUGUGUGAAAACUCACAAUUAUUUUCGGUCCAGGGUGAAUCCCUCAGCCAGCAACAUGCAGCGUAUGACUUGGGACCCUGCAUUGGCAAAGACCGCCAAAGCAUGGGCAAAGAAGUGUCACUUUGAUCAUAAUAUCUAUCUCAAAACUCCAGGAAAGGUUCACCCAACAUUUACUCCAGUUGGAGAGAACAUCUGGACUGGUUCGCUGAAUUUGUUCUCUGUAAAAGCAGCCAUCCAAAACUGGCAUGAUGAAGUCAGUUACUACAGCUUUGAGAGCAGAGCAUGUACUAAAGUUUGUGGUCAUUAUACACAGGUUGUUUGGGCAACUAGUUAUAAAGUUGGCUGUGCUGUCCAGUUCUGCCAGAGAGUUUCGGGUUUUCAACGCCUCUACAAUGGAGCACAUUUUGUGUGCAACUACGGACCAGCUGGCAAUUACCCAGUGAAACCUUACGAAACUGGAAGACCAUGCAGUGAAUGUAAUGGAGAAAAGUGUGUAGAUAAUCUCUGUGAGAAUCCAGAGCGUAAUCAGUUGCUGAGUUAUUCCAAUUGGUCACCAGAUUGGGAUAUACCUGAGCAGGGGACAAAGUCUCCACCCAAAGCUCCUCCCAUUCCACUGCAACCAAUUCCUCCACACCCUAACAACUUUACACCACCAGAGAAACGACCAUACUCUGUUCCAUCCCCCACAAAUGCUCCUAUUCCAUCUCGCUCUGCGUGUGACUCAUACUGUAUUACUGUGAUAGUACUAAGAUUAUUGUUUAUACUGUUGACAUUUGGAGCUGUGGCCAUGUUAUGCAAGAAAUAUCCCCAAAUGUUUAUAUAUGAAUAA